UUCCCAACACAGUACAACUCCCUCCCAUCUCCAUUUCCCCAAUGGCAAAUGUUGGGUAAAAAGGAUGCUGACUUUUAAUUGUUUCUUCUUUUUCCUUAUUACCAUUAUUCUCUUUCUAUCUUCUUCUUCUUCAAUCCUCUCUUUCUUGUUCUUACAACAAGAUUCAAUGCUGCCUGCCUAGCUCUGGAUGAGAGAGAGAGAGAGAAAGAAAGGGCAGUAUUGAGUGAAAAAAGAUAAGGUGAAUUUUAUCCAAUUUCUGUGUCUGACCCACUUCUUCUUUUCUUCUGAUCCUCUCCUUCUUCUUCUUCUUCUUAUAUGCUCUAAAGUUCCCAGAAAAAAUUUCCUUGCAUUUACUCUGGAGCCUCUCAUCUCUGCUGACUUUCUUUGUAUAAGAUUCACUUGACAAGCGAGCUGUAAUUUACUCGAAAACGCCUAUUUAACGAGAGUGAUCGAGGAACAGCGAUUUUUAUUCUGUUUCUUUGCAUUCUACAUUUCUACCCAGCAGAUUCAGUAUUCAAUGUCGUUUCGUAGUAUAGUUCGGGAUGUUAGGGAUAGCUUCGGGAGCUUAUCGAGACGCAGCUUUGACGUGAGGCUGUCCGGUCACCACAGGGGCAGAUCCCACGGUUCAUUUCACGACUUGAGUGACCAACCCUCUGUAAUUCAGACCAGUUGUUGGGCUAAUCUCCCGACCGAGCUCCUUUUCGACGUAAUCAGAAGGUUAGAGGAGAGCGAGAGCGCUUGGCCCGCUCGGAAGCACGUCGUUGCUUGUGCUGCAGUUUGCAGGUCAUGGAGGAGUAUGUGUAAAGAGAUCGUCAGAGGUCCAGAAAUUUGCGGGAAAAUCACUUUUCCAGUUUCCCUAAAGCAGCCCGGGCCUCGUGAUGGAACUAUCCAAUGCUUCAUCAAGCGGGACAAGUCUAACUUAACCUACCAUCUUUUCUUGUGUCUGAGCCCAACUUUGCUAGUUGAAAACGGAAAGUUCCUUCUCUCUGCAAAAAGAACGAGGCGAACUACUUGCACAGAGUAUGUUAUCUCGAUGAAUGCUGAGAACAUCUCAAGAUCCAACAACACAUACAUUGGAAAACUGAGAUCAAAUUUUCUGGGCACGAAGUUCUUAAUAUACGACACGCAGCCCCCGUGUACUGGAGUGCCCAUCGGGGCACCAGGGCGCACGAGCCGGAGAUUCUCUUCCAAGAAAGUGUCUCCCAAAGUUCCGACUGGAAGCUACAACAUAGCUCAGGUAACAUACGAGCUAAACGUGCUUGGGACCCGGGGUCCACGAAGGAUGCACUGCAUCAUGCACUGUAUUCCCGCCUCUGCCCUCGAUGCUGACGGCACAGUGCCUGGCCAGCCCGAGCUUCUCCCGAGGCCCCUCGAGGACUCGUUCCGAAGCAUCUCGUUCUCGAAGGCCCUCGACCACUCUACCGAGUUCGGCAGUGCAAGAUUCUCCGAUGUCGGUGUAUCGUCAUCAUCCAAUGAAGACAACGACGACGACGGGAAGGCGCCUCCCUUAGUUCUAAAGAACAAGGCGCCCCGUUGGCACGAGCAAUUGCAGUGCUGGUGCCUCAACUUUCGAGGGCGGGUCACGGUCGCAUCGGUCAAGAACUUCCAGCUGAUCGCAGCCGCUCCACCGCCGCCACCACCGCCUGCUGGUGGGCCCACAACCUCCCAACCGCCAAGCCAGCCCGAUCAUGACAAGAUCAUCCUGCAAUUCGGGAAGGUGGGCAAAGAUAUGUUCACCAUGGAUUAUCGCUAUCCCCUCUCUGCAUUUCAGGCUUUUGCCAUCUGCUUAAGCAGCUUUGACACCAAAUUGGCUUGUGAAUAAGGAAAGAAUAUUUUUCAUCAUUUUGCUGUCAUUUCCUCCAUUAGAGAUUUCAAUAUUGUAAAACAGAUUAAACUGAUUUGCCUUGUCUGUGGUUACCUUUCUAGUUUUAACAUAAUCUAAGCCGCCUAUUCUUAACUGUGACAA